AUGUGUACGCGCAGAUCGCUGUUUGCAGCCGCGUUGCUGACGGUGCUUCUGACUGCAGCACAAGACCUCGACGUCGAUGACGACGACGAAAGUGAUUCUGCUAGUUUUAUGAUAAUAUUGGAGCAUCCGAACGGAUGGCAGUGCGCCGCGUCGCUCGUUUCGACCCGGACGGGUGUGACGACAGCGCGUUGUGCGCGAGGCAGGGGCGGGGAGGCGGUGCCGCGCGAGCUGUGGGCGCUGGCCGCGGCGCUGCUGAGCGCGCGACCGCCGGCGCCGCUCGCGUCGUCUGCGCGCCGCGUCACGCGGGUGGCGUUUGCCGGAAACGGCCUAGACCUGGCAGAUCCGGCGCUUGACAUUGCCGUCAUUGAAUUGGAGGCGCCCUUCGGAAAGGAAGCACAGGCGCAGCCUAUAUUGAUGUCGACAACUCGCAAUGGGGGCGAAAGCGCCACCAUGUGCUACGCCAUACGAGCGCUCUCUGCGAUCUCUCCUCCAUCAGCGACCACUGAGGGAGGGACUAAACGAGCGCGUUUUCGCGUAGUCAACGUAGCGCUCGCAUCGGAUACACAUUGUGCGGGGCUGGUACCUCAUUGGAGCGCUUCGCAUUCUCGCUUGUUGUGUUUCACCGGUGAUGAUCUCUGCGAGCGCGAUAUGGGCGGUGGCGUGGUGUGUGACGGAAAACUCUGCGCCGUGUUGAGUGUGAUGGCGAACGACGACGGUGUGGCGCAUUGUGAGAAAACGUAUGCAGCACAGAAUAUUGCCCGUUGGCGCUCUUUUCUUCAUUGUGCUCACACACUUCGCAUCUGUGGACGAAGGACGUGCUCGGAAGAAUGUACGGAGCACCUCUUAGACGAAACGGAGGACACGAAGCAUUUGGUGUCCAUAGAUAUGACACUCUUUUCCGAACUUUCUUCGCCUAUAACCUUACCGCGAGCUUCGCGCACUGUUGAAUCUUCCGUAGCCACCGACCCCCCAUUCGAGGUUGCUCAUGAGCCCGUCUCGCAGUCGAUAGAAUUUGAACCGAACCGUGCCGAUUUUAAGGCGGCUCCGUCCCGAACUUCACGUCCAGGCUUGAAGGCAGGCGAGUACGGUGACAACGCGGCGGAGUACGGCGCGGACGAGGCGCCGCCCGCUCGCUCCAGCCCCGCCGGCGCCGACGCGCCUUCGCGCACGCCCGCCGGUUCCCCCGCGCCCUCCGCGCCUUCCGUGCCCUCCGCGCUCUCCACGACCACCACGCCCCCGGCGCCCUUCGCGCCUGCUUUGCGUCUUCCAGCCAUAUCAGAAUCUACCGCCUCGGGUUCCA